AAGUAAUUGGAGUUCUUAUAAUUUCGUUUAACCCUGUAAUGUAACUCAAGAUUUUGUUUAAAACCAAGUUGACCGCAUAAAUGAAAAACAACAAAGACACAUUAUUCUUCAACCUUUCUCAGAUAUGCAGUCAAAUUCUGAGACUUCACGUUCCUGUCGCAAUGGACCAAUGCCAUGGUAUGGACAGAUAUGAAUAUCGAGAUAUGCUUGUUGUCAGAGGAUUAUUUGUGUUUUUGAAAGAGAACCUUCUUUUUGAUUCGCUACAAGAUGAACUGGAGCAAAAUGAACUAUUAACUCAGAUUGAGAGAGAUGACAUUGUGUGUAAAGAUAAAUGCAAGUUCAAAAUGCAUGAAAGGCUACUCAAACUCAUUAUAAGAAACAACAAAUGCAAUAAAUUUAUUGCACUCUUAAACAAUAUGCCUAGCUAUCAGCAUAUAUCUGCGAAAAUCAUGGAGUUUCGACGAGAAUUAAACGAUCAAAGCGCAUCCGGUGCUGCUACAAAAACUCAUUCUUUCGUUAUCACUGAUGAAAUGCUUAGGAAACAUUUUGCUUUAUUCUACGUGGAACUGGAACCUUGUGAAAUUGCAGAUGCAAUGUUUCAAACAGGUCUCUUUUCAAUCAGUGAUCAUGACGAUGUGGCAGACCACAACCAAAAACAUAAACGACUGAGAAACCUUGUACACAUUUUGAAAACAAAAUGUUUGCUUGAACAAUUUUUUAGUUUGUUAGAGUCCAAAAAAUAUACUUUACUGCUAGACACAUUACAAAAUGAAAAAGAAUUCAAUAAUAAACCAUCCGUUUGUGCUCUUUGCAUACAACACAACUUUACUCUUCUCCAAGAGGAGCUUCCGUACACCGAUGAUGAAGCAAUCGUUAUGAUUGAACAUAUCUUUGAUGAAUGCAAUAUUGCUGACGUAAAAUGUUGUACUGGUACAAGGCGAAAGAAAUCGAAGAUACUGAAGAUACUUCUUAUGAGAGGAGAAUCUGAUUGUGAGGAAUUUUUCAGAGUUGUCGACGAGGAUUUGAAAAGGAAAGAUCUAAUACAAAAGAUGAAGAAAAACAGUGAUGAUAGAAUUAGGAGAGGUAAACCUGACUUGUCUCCCAAGCUAAAAGGACUGGAAACCACAUGUCUUCAAAAGCAUAGAAAAGUACUUCAUAAUGAACUGGACCCUUUGUAUUUAUGUGACCUUUUAUUUGAGGAAAGAGCAAUAACUAUUCUUGAACAUGACGAAAUUACAGAAGUAAAGCUACGACAAAAACAGAUAACAUAUCUUUUAGAAACGGUUAUCAAAAAUAAAAAUGACUGUUUUCAUUUUUUUCUGUAUAUUCUCGAAAGGGAGGACUAUAAAUGUAUUCGUGAAAUACUUGAGAGACCUGCCUCAAGAGCUACAAAUGUUGGUUCAAGUGAACAUUUGAAAUUGCGAUUAUCACACCGAGUGAAGAAAGUACAAGGUGAUGUACCAAAUGAACCGAUAGAAGUACGACUGAAAGUAGAUGGUCGUGCUGGAACACAAGUAGAAGAAGAUCUAUAUCAACAUAUAAAUUCUCCCGAUACUGAGAUUCUGGAAAACACCAUUUCACUUGGACAAAUGGAAAUAACGAAAGUAUCUCAUGGCUGUGUAGUCCUUCAGUUAAGACCACUUACUGACAAAGCUGUUCAAAACUUGCUAAAUGCCAACGAAAACAACAGUUUAUUAGAAAUGGUUUUAGGAAUUGUCAAGAAGGUCAAUAGUGCCCACAUGUUAAAAAGCUCAGAAUCAUUGACUAUCAAACUGCAGGUAUAUUCCGUUAAAUCAGCAGAUGCAUUGAGAGAUUGUCAAAUGUCAAAGGCGGCCAAGAUCAUUGAACGGGUGAAAGCGUAUAAGCAUGAAAUUGUCACUCAGUUAGAGCCAAUGGCUUUAGCUGCGGUAUUAUCAAAAUCUAAAAGUUUUUUAGAAAGGAUCAAAGACACUGUUGAUGAUGCUGAUAGUUGUUAUAAAAGAGUUGAGCGUAUUUUGUUACUAGUUGAAAAUGGGAAUAAUGAUAUUGUUGAAGAGUUUGUAACAGCUUUAAAUGAUCUUGGAUAUAGUGAAAUUGUGAAGUUGAUUUGUCCAUCUGACGUCCACGACAAAGCAGAAAAUAUCAGAAAUAUGAUAACAUCUAACUACAAAAAUAUUUUGGAAGAAAUGCAGAUGACUUUAGUGAAAGAAACGUUAUCAAAGUGCACUGGAAGUGUUGAUGACAUCAACGAAAAGUGUUUGCCGAGAAAUGGAAACCGUAGACAAAGAAUGAACCGUUUUCUCCAAUUCAUUCUUCAAAAUGACCACAAUGUGAUAGAAUUUGAGAAAGUGCUAAGUAAUAAUGGUUUAAGGGAACUGCUGAAAAACAAGGAUGCUUCAGGAGAGCAUGUAUCUAAAAAAGACAUAGAGGUGACCGUUCUUGAAGACAAUACUCCAUUAUCUUCAGAAGAUGUUUUGUUUGAAUCUGUUAUCACUUUGGCCUAUAAUGAUGGGAUUGAAAUUGUCAAUGAAUCCGAAAAAACAUCAAGAAAAGAAGUGGGAAAAUGCCAAAUUCCCAUGAAACGAGUUUUAAAAAAAGAUAAACCACAACUUCCACCAAAGCCAUCCUUUAUAAGACCAAGAAAAGUGACCGUUAAAGAAAUUAUUGGAACUUUCGAAGAAUUAUCAUGGAAUGUACCUCCGGCCAUAAUGCCACCGAAAAAGAAAGCCAGGAGGAACGAUGUGGCAAGAGGACAAGUACCACCGCCAACACCACCAACUGCUGUACAAAUGGGGGGAAAAGGGCCAAAAAACAUCGGUGAAAGUGUAGAUCAACCUAUAAUGGUGAAUUCUGUUGAGGUUACUGCACCAGUAUUUGGGGAAUUAAAACCGGUUGCUGCCACAAUUCCUGCCUCUGCAUUAGGAACAUUACUGGAUAAUGUGUUCAUAGAGGAUGAGGAUGAGGAUGAGGAUGACAAAAAAGAAAAAGAAAUAAGAAUAGUGCUUCUUGGAAAAACAGGAUCAGGAAAAAGCGCUACGGGAAAUACCAUCCUUGGCAAAAAGGGGUUCGUUUCCUCCACUUUUGGUUCGUCUUUAACAAGAAUGUGUUCACAGAGAUAUGCUUAUCGUUUUGGAUGCAAGGUUGUUAUUGUUGAUACCCCUGGUUUAUUUGACACAAACCAAAGUCAUGAAGAAAUUCAACAAGAAAUUUUCAAAUGUGUCGGAAUCACAUCACCUGGCCCUCAUGCUUUCAUUUUAGUUCUUAGUCUUACAAGGUACACCGAGGAAGAAAAGAAAACUGUAGAGCAUUUGGUAAAGUACUUCGGAGACAAAAUUUACAGUUAUUUUAUUGUGCUUUUCACAAGAAAAGAUGAUCUUGAUGAUGAAGGAAAGAAUCUCUCAGAUCAUAUUAAAACCGUUCCGGACGAACUUCAACUGUUUCUUAGGAAAUGUGGCGGGAGAGUUAUUGCAUUUAAUAACAAGCUUAAGGGAAAAGAGCAAGAUGCACAAGUAUCGGCGUUAUUGUCAAUGAUUUCAGAAAACAUAAAAAACAAUAGAGGCAAUUGCUACACCAAUGAAAUGUAUAAUGAAGCUGAAGCGCUUAUCCAGGAAAGAGAAAAAGAAAUCAUACAGAAAGCAAAGAUUAAAAAAAAACAAAAGCAACAAGAAAUUGAAGAAAUUUUAGCUAAAAAGUUCGGUGAAAAAACUGAUAAACUUAAUGAAACGCAAAUGGAGCUUGAAGAAAAAAUAAGUGCAAUUUCCGAGCAGGAAAAAUCAAAAAAAGGUAUGGAUACUAAAAUAAAAGGUUCUGAGAAACAGAUGCAGACAAGGCCAUCAAUGGGGAUGAAAAGAGAUGAAUUAAAACAAAAACUGGAUGAAUUGAUGAAGAACAAAAUGGAUUUAGAAAAGAAUAAAGAAAACAAAAGAAGGGAAAUGGAACGCGACGCACACGAGAAAUUUAAGAUGCAACAAAGAAAUGCUCGUAAUGUAGUUCGAGACGAAGUUGAACAAAAGAAGGGUUUCUUUUCUAGGGCUUGGAGUCGUCUUAAAUCUUAUUUUUUGUAGGAAGCAAUCGUUGCGCAAAAAGAACUCACCUGUUAAUAUAAUCUUCACUGCCAUUAGCCUUUAAUCCACCACAGGAAGCCGUUCAUCGAGAAACUUUUUUGCGUUGUAUGUUGGUUUUCAAGAAGCUUAAAGCGGUUAAUGUGACAAAAAAUUAAUUACGACUUUAUUAAACUUUUAACAUGUAUUGUACAAAUGUGAGGUGCAUAAAGAUAUCUUUCUCACCUCUCAAUGGCAUGGCAAACGUUGCAAUAUUCGAUCUUUUCCAUUCGAAUUCUAUAAAUAUUCAUUUGUAUUGUAUAAUUUUCUAAUUGUAAUGUAUAAUUUUCCAUUUGUAUUCUAUAACUUUACAUUUGUUUUCUAUACCUUUCAUUUGUGUUCUAUAAUUUUCCAGGUGUAUUGUAUAAAUAUUCAUUUGUAUUGUAUAAUUUUCCAUUUGUAUUGUAUAAUUUUCCAUUUGUAUUCUAUACUGUAAACGUACUACAUUUGGCGGUGUAUUCUAUUUAGCGCUUUUGGCGGAAUGCGACCCUCCGCUAAAUCAAGUACAUCGCUGAAUGCCAUACAUCUAUGUAUAAGAAAAAGUCACAUUAAAGAAUACGCUAAUUCAAAUCCACGCAAACUUGUUCGAAAACUAAUGUCUGCAAAAUAUCGUACACGCCAAAUACAAUACGUUUACAGUAAUUUUCCAUUUGUAUUGAAUAAAUAUUUUUAUUUUCCUAUGUUAUUUAAAGCCAAGACAACUGCACUUAGUUUUUUGAUGUUAAGAUAAACAGAUAUAUAGAAAUGAACACAUGUCAUUUAUUGAAGUAAAUGAUGAAAAUAAAUAUAUACACCACCAAGGGGGUCAACAUAGACUAGAAAACAACUGACUACUGUGUAAAGUCUUUGACAGUACAUUAUGCAAUAUGCUGACCCCCAAUAGUAAAACAUAUUAACAAAAUCAAGGCAAUGAUAGAUACAAACAUCAAAAAGGGGGAAAAUAACAAGAUACACGCAAUAACAAGCUUCAUAGUAUACCAAUCCAUGAAAAUAGAGAUAAAGUGAAAAUUAUAAUUAUGGCGGAAGAAAGGGGUGGAUGGAAGGUUUUCCCCAAAUAUCUUCUAAACAUAAAGCGUGGCGUACUCCUAUAGUAAGUAAAUCAAGAAUGGUCACGUGAUAUUGAGGAGCCACGCUGAUAGGCUCAAUCAUUAUCUUACCCCGAUCGUAUUCAAGAUAGAAUCUCGCAGCACAGUUAAGGGUGUCAAUAAAUUCCGUUCAGACAAAAAGUACGGGAAAUGAGCAUUAUGACAUCAAAGUAUAUUACAAACUUCAACAUUACUUAUUCAUUUAUUAGCAAAAUUAAUUUAUGCUAAUCUUUUAAUUGAAAACAACAAAUGCUAUUAAUUACAAUUUUGAUGUCCGUUAUAUCGUACACACUGAAAAAUAAGCGAGAUGUUCUCGCUGUACUACAAAAAUGACGUCAUAUGCUUCAAAAUGACGCAAUAAGUUAAGUCGUUGAAGGCUAUCAUGCAGUUUUUUAGCGAAGAAAAAUAAAUGUCAUAGAUUACCGGAAAAUUAUAAAUGAAUAUUUUGUUUAAAAUUAUAUUUAGUAGAAUGCUCCCUAUAUAGUCUUAUUUUCAUUUUGGUAUAAAUAUGCAUCGUAUAAAGAGGCAACCUCGGUUUUGUGUAAAAUAUUGCAAGGGCAUACACUUAACUAAUCCCGAUAAAUCUUUACAUGUGAAUUUUAAAUGUGCUGUGUAACUUA